AUGAACGGGAUAUUCUCCAAGGAUACCAUUAAGAUCACCGCGGAAACUGUUGGAGUUACAAACUUAAAAGACACGGUAGCUGCCGCGUUAGCACACGAUGUGGAAUAUAGAGUCCACGAGAUAAUACAGGAAGCGAACAAAUUCAUGCGUCAUUCAAAACGAACCAGACUUACGGGGGAAGAUAUCAAUAAUGCUUUACGUGUUCAUGAUGAAUGGGAAUUCGAAAAUGUUAUUAAUUCAGCAAUGCCCAGAGUUCCUACCGAUGUUUCUUUUAGCGCUCAUUGGAUUGCGGUAGAUGGUGUACAACCUUCAAUACCUAAUAAUCCAGUUCCAACUCCACCACUUGAAGAAGCAUCCAAAGCAGAAGUGCGCAAAAAGAACAUACCUAAAAGUGAUGAUUUGCAAAUUAAAGCUGGAUUACCUGUUACAAAUAAUAUUGAGGUUAAACCUUUAGUACAACAUGUUUUAUCCAUGGAACAUCAAAUGUUUUAUGAAAAAGUUACAAAGGCUAUGAGAAGUGAAGAAUUCAAAGAUACAAAAACCAAAAUCGCGGUUCUACAUAGUCUAGAACAUGACACAGGAUUAGCUCAACUCCUUCCGUAUUUCAUACAUUUUAUUUGUGAACAGAUUGGAAUACAUGUAAAAAAAAAUUUCCAUGUUUUAGAGCCAAUGUUAAAAAUGGCAGAAGCUUUGAUUAAUAAUAAAAGCCUUUUUUUGGAACCCCAUCUGCAUAAUUUGAUGCCAGCAAUAUUAACUUGUGUAGUUAGAAGAAAGUUGGGAUUAUCAAUGAGCGAUAAACAUUGGUCCUUACGUGAAUUGGGUGCACGUAUCCUUGCCAAAAUAUGUGAUCGUUAUGGUGGAAGUUAUAAUGAUCUUCAGCCUCGAAUCACGAGAAAUUUAAUGAGUAGUUUUAUGGACACUAGUAAAUCAUUAUUCACUCAUUAUGGAUGUAUAGUUGCCAUGGGUGCUUUAGGUCGUGAAGUAAUCAGAUCUAUUUUAGUUCCAAAUUUGAAAACAUAUGGCGAUUUGCUUUCAACUUAUGCAAAUGAUCCUGAUCAAAUAAAACGUGAUGCCGCUAAUAGAUGUUAUAAAACUAUUGUGGACAUACUGGCAAAACUAAAAAAAACUGUAGAUCCCCUGAUUGAUAUUGAACUGCAAGAAACUCCAAAUUUACAUGAAAGACUAGAAAACAAAAUAGGAAAAUUUUUCGCGGAUGGUGUAUUAAGACAAAUCGGCGAUGAUCAUAUCAUUAUGGCGAUAAUUAAUUCUUAA